AUGCUGUCCUUGCGUAGUUGCAAGGUCUCUGACGAGUGCAUUGAUAAGAUUCUAUCCGGGUGUCCGAUUCUCGAGAGCUUAAAGCUGUAUUUCUGCGAUGAACUUAGGGUUCUUGAUGUCAGGAUGUCGCAGCGUCUGAGAACAUUAGAAAUCGACCGCAACAUUUGGGUUCCGGGUCCGACGCAGAUUGUUGCGCCGCAAAUCCAUUGCCUCAGAUUGAGCAACUCUCAGUUACCAUGUACUUUUGUUGAUGUCUCGUCUUUAACCGAAGCUAGUCUAGAUAUUUGCUUUUGCUCACUUGAAGAUCUAAAGGCUGAUUUUCUUCAAGUCAUGUUGCUAAAGAUGCUAGACAAGUUGCAAAAAUGCUUAGUAAAGUUGUUACAAAACUCACCUGAACUGAAGAAGCUAACAGUUCGCACAAUGGAUUCCGGCACCAUACAAGAGACAUAUAUCGACGACUACUUGAAUUCGCGAGGCUUGAAUCCGGAUCAAUGCUGGAGCUCGGAAGCUAGGGCCUUCAAGAACGUUUACCGUUGGGAUGUAGAGUCGAAGCACGUGGCUUCGUUCAUGGAGCUCAUGCUUAAAAGCGCAAAGACAUUAGAGAAGAUGGUCGUAAUGUUGAAAGGUUAUCUUGAAAGAAGACGUUUUGAAGAGUUACUUGAGAUGGUUCCAAUGCUCUCUCACAACAACAACAAUGUCUCCAUUGUGCUUAGCAGCUGA